AUGUCCACCACAAUCAGCAAGAUCCUCAGAUCAAGGGCGAGCCUGCCACUGAGCAGGGCACCAGCGACCGCAGCCAAGCACAGAGGUCUCCAAUCUACCAACGGUUCAACCGGUAUUCCUCAAUCCACUUCCCAUCAAAACUCUUCCCAUGAUACAACUCAGAAGACUCGUGGCGAGGCUACUCUUCAAGAUCGAGCUGAAUCUCAGCAAGCCGAGAACAACUCUCGCGAUGUGACUGCCCACACACGAUAUCAAGGCCAUCAAGGCUUCUGUCCUGGAAUUUCUAGAUAUCAACUACUCGACCUCUGA